CUCACCUUCUCUAACUAAGAAAAACAUGGCAGACACUGACUCACAACACCACUUCCAUGGCGACCUUUCCCACGCAGAAGCCCAAACAACAAGCACCAUCGAUUCCAAACGAGGGGGUUGGAUUACCUUCCCCUUCAUCACAGUUGGAGUACUGGGUCUAACUCUGGCAUCUGGGGGUUGGUUAUCAAACCUGAUCGUCUAUCUGAUCGAAGAGUUCAACGUGAAGAGCGUCGACGCCGCACAGAUCUCCAACAUCGUCAGCGGUUGCACCAGUCUCUUCCCCAUCGCCGGUGCCAUUCUCGCCGACUCCUUAUUUGGUUGUUUCUCCGUCAUCACCUUCUCCUCUAUUGUCUCUCUUCUGGGUAUAAUUCUGUUAACUUUAACGGCGAUGCUAGACUCGCUAAGGCCUUCACAUGGAGAAACGCCGUCAAGGCUUCAACUUGGGGUUUUAUACAGUGCUUUAACGCUGACCUCUAUAGGGCUUGGAGGUACGCGCUUCACCAUAGCAACAAUGGGUGCGGAUCAGUUGAUAAAGCCAAAGGAUCAAGGGGUCUUCUUUAACUGGUAUUUCUUCACUAUCUAUGUCUCUUCCGUCAUCAGUUUCACGGCCAUUGUCUACGUAGAGGAUAACGUUGGAUGGGGUUGGGGUUUUGGGUUAUCUGCCGCCGUUAACGCCGUCGGCUUGGCAGUUUUCUGGGCCGGGAAACGGUACUAUCGUAGUGUGAAGCCAAAGGGAAGCCCUUUCGUAAGCUUGGCUAGGGUUGUGGUCGCCACCAUUCGGAAGUGGAAGUUAGUAGUACCAUUAAUGUUGUCUUCCCAAAACCAGCAAAGCAAAGAUGAUUCUUAUUACUAUGGCCAAACUGAGGUUGCAGAGUUGCCUUCUUAUUCAGUUCCCACUCCAAGCUUCAGAUUUCUGAACCGUGCAGCUAUAAAAACCGAAGGUGACACCCGACCGGACGGUUCAAUCGCAAAGCCAUGGAGGCUAUGCACGAUGGAGCAAGUCGAAGACCUCAAAACCCUACUCCGACUCUUCCCUCUCUGGUCCAGCGGCAUCUUCUUGAGCACCCCAAUUGGAAUCCAGAUCAGCCUCACAGUCCUUCAAGCCCUCACCAUGGACCGCCACCUUGGGCCCCACUUUCAAAUCCCUGCUGGCACUUUCCUCGUCUUCUCUCUCCUAUCCACGGCUAUUUCCAUCUCAGUCAUCGAUCGUUUCCUCCCUUCCACGUGGUACAGACUUACUGGUCGCUCGUUGACCCCACUUCAACGAGUAGGACUCGGCCACGUCCUCAACAUCAUGGCCAUGGCAGGGUCUGCCGUCGUGGAAUCGAGGAGGCUCCAUGUUGUCCGGUCCAACCAACUCGAGAACCAGACCGGAUCAACCGUCCUUCCGAUAUCAGCAUUAUGGUUGGCAUUGCCACUGGUCAUCGUCGGCGCCGGCGAAGCAUUACACUUUCCAGGACAGGUUUCUUUAUACUAUCAAGAAUUUCCGAUGCCACUGCGAAGCACAGCGACCGCUAUGGUCGCGCUGCUCAUCGGGAUCGGUUUUUAUCUGAGCACGGUGGUGAUCGAUUUGGUACGGAGGGUCACCGGUUGGUUGCCGGAUAACAUUAACCAAGGGAGGAUGGAUAACAUAUUUUGGAUGUUGGUGGUGAUAGGAGUGGCCAACUUUGGCUAUUACCUAACGUGUGCCAAGUUGUACAAGUAUCAAAAUGGUGGUGAGUGGGACACCACCAGUUCUAGCUCAGAGUGUACAGACCAAAAGGUCCAAAAGGACCAAGAUCAAGAGUGAUGGAUCA